AUGGAGCUGAAGGAGUUGCGCAAACUCAUACUCAAGGAGCAAAGUUUUAUCGCCAGCACUCAGCAAUGGAAGAAGGCGCUUUCGGGGUGGAACCUGUCCAAAUCAAUCCCGAAGUCUGUCGCAAAAUUCAUUAGGAAGAAGACAUACCUCCGCCAGAUCAAAGCAGGAAACAAAACGUCCUUCAGAUACCGUAAACAACCGGUACCAAAGGACAAGAUCAAACGGUACACGCAGGGAUAUGCUAGUGAGGCCUUGUCUCCAAUCACAUCCUCGUCUUCCAAUCUUACGUAUAAUACUUCGAAGUCCUCCAAUACGAAAUAUGUAAUUCCGGUGAACCAGACCAAUCCAAACGAUAUGGCAGUAAUGCCAGAGUUUUAUAAUGGCCAGGAUAUCGAUGAUUUCCUUACAGUUUGUCGAAAGGCUCAAAUCCUCACCAAGCAUGGAAAUUAUCCCAGUGCGAAGCUCGCUUUCAUGGAGGCUUUGGAAGGACUAGAAGCCCUAUUCGACACUGUGCACAAGAUCCCCGUCCAUAUCUUACUUGUCUUUGUUGACGCCGCCAUCAAGAACAAGGACUUCUAUGGAGCUAUGGAGCGACUCUGCAAGUCCUACACUCAUCACCAAGAGCUGCUUGGUGACAAUGACAAGAAUACUUGGCUGAGCUUUGCUCGGCUAGGCUUGAUAUACGACGCAGAGAAAAAAUAUGGCCAAGCCCUGAAAACAUUCAGUGCUGCAAGAGAUGGUUUACGAACAGCAUCCGAGACCAGCCAAGAAGACAUGUUCAAUCUGACCGUUGAUUUGAACCUUCAGAUCUCCUACGGAUACCAAAAAUUAGGCGACUUCGAAUCUGCUGAAAAGGAGCUGCGGGAUCUGAUCCGGCAAGCCGAAGCGUUAGGGGACGCUUAUCGAAAUCAGAUCGCCUACUUCAAGCAUCAACUCGCCAAUCUCUAUAACAACGACGAAUGGCAUCGGGAGAAGGUUCCGUUAGGCAGUGCGGCCCCUCCAAGACAGCGUGUGGAAAAAAUUCUUCCAGAGGCUAUCCAUGACUACGCUGGCACCUUUAGCGAAUGUCCUUAUUUUCUGUGUUCAUUAGAACAGUUGCGAACAUACUAUGAGACCACAGGUGAAGUACACAAACUAAGCCCCUGGUUUACACGGAUCAAGUAG